CCCACAUUCAAUAGAAACUCCCGUUCCCAAAGCUAGAAGCUACCUUCUCAAAAGACCUUUCAACUGGCCUUUGCUCCCAGAUGAAGAGGCACAAAUCCAAUUUAAUCAAAAACUAUUAACAGAACAUUAUCGGAUGAUACAGGCUACCAGUCGUCCCCGAAACUCUUUACAUUGCGUCCCCUUACAACAUUAUUUUACGACUGGAAAUGGAAUUAUAAAUUGGAUGCUGAAUUGCACAACUGGUACUGAAACAAACGUCAUAAUUCCUUUACCAGAAAACGGAACACAUCCAACAGUCCCAGGGGUUAAUAAUAAUCUCAAUCCGUGUAUUAAUACAUUUCCGAACCACUUAACUUCAGAUUAUCUGAAGUAUAAAUACACAGGAUAUCCAUGUUAUCCACUAAAUCCAUGGAAGAUCGGUGAAGAACACCGCCUGCCUUCGCCAACGGGGCGCAUCACAUACCCAUUUCCAUUAUUACCCGAGUUGCCGGUUUGGAGUCCACCUGAAAGUUUUCCUUCAAUGAACAAUUUAGAAUUAUCUGGACUUCUUUCUCCCCCACAAGCAAUUGGAUGGCCUGGACCACCGAUCUUCCCAAAUCCAUAUCCAGAACCACCGGCACCAAUUUUGCCUCCACCUGGACUUGCUCCUCCACAACCAAUUCCUCAAUGGCCUGCACCACCAGGACCAGUGAUCUUUCCCAAUCCACAUCCACCACCAGUUUGGCCUCCAUCACAAUCUCACCAACUUACCAAUAGAUGGCCUUCCCCAUAUCCACAUCCGGGACCACCCGCACCUCCAGACCACCUCCAGUUUGGCCUCCAUCUCAACCUCACCUACUACCCAAUGGAUGGCCUGCACCACCAGGACCAGUGA